CCUAAAACUUACGACGGUAGCAGCCUUUUUGGCUUUCUGGCUCCCAGGUGGCUUUCUAGCACAGAAAACCAAUCUAAAGUUCCCUUCAGAUUCCCUUACAAUUGGCCAAAAGCUUGCGACCGCAGUAGGCGGGAAAAAGGGACGCUAGGUACCUGCACAGGCUUUCCCUAGGUACCUUACUUACCUAGCUCAAUACUUUCAGUACCUGUUGUACCCUACCGUAUCUACUGUAUCUACUGUAUACUGGGAAGGUGCACGAAACCAGUUCCCAGGUUCCCAACCGCCAUCCCAAGCCCCAGGCCCCAAACCCAAACUCCACGAACUCUUUCACCUCUCCCUCUCCCUUCUACGUUGACAUUGUUGUAAGAUGUCAACGCCGACAACCGCCACCGCAACACUUCCUCCCCAUUAUCGUCACCAUCAUCACCCUUCUCACCACUAUCCGCCGUAUCCAAAUUUGUCUGCAGCAGGCUCGUCUUAUCGUGCUGUUGGUCUUGCUGGUGUCGCUUCAAACCCUAUCAUCCCCACUACAACUUCGACGGCCUCGACGGCAACGGUGUCCAAUCAACACCAAGGCCAUUCGUCUUCUUCAUAUACUACCAGCCAGCUUUACUCCGCUUCUAGCCAAACGCUUCGCCCUUCCCCAAAUGGAGUAGCUGCAUCGGUUGCCACCACGAGACCGACCCAAGACUCUACGAGAACCAAUUCUACACCUCGUCUAGACGCAUACAAAGCCAGCAUGCCUCCCUCGACAGCCUCAACUACGCAGACCUAUAGUGAUGGUCAACCGAGAAAACGUCGGAGAUCCAAGGAGCCGGAUUGGAAGACUUUUUACAAGAACGGAUUGCCUAAAGAAAUUAUCGUCAUCGAUGACACACCAGAACCAGACCAAGAUUCAGCCGUGACUUCAUCUCGAACACAUGCAAACGAUGACGCUUCCCGUCAAGGUCCGAAGAGACGAAGGAAGGAGGACGCAGCUCGCAACGAUGAUGCAUACAGUAGCAGAGUCAAUGGCUCCUAUCAGCAAACUUCCAACAGCGGAUCUACGUCGACCGAUCGCACGACGUCUGCCCACAACACGACAGCCGCCACCUCGCUAGGUUCUUUGUCUUCAAAUGGUCAGUACGACUACGAGAGUCGUCAAGUUGGCCAGAAGAGGAAGCGAACCAGACAGCAAAUUGCUCAAGAAGCAAAGAGGCGGGAAAUCGAAGUUCUUGGGGAUGCUUUCGUCACUUACCGCCCGCCUCAAAAACCUGUUAAGAAAGCUGGUGAUGUAACCGUUCGAUCAGUUAAUGAUCGUUCUGACCAGAGGCAUCAAAGAGUUGACGACGACGACGGACACUACAUCGUCGUUCCUGAUGCUGACCUAACGCCCCAAUAUCAAAUGAUCAAGCUCCUGGGACAGGGCACGUUCGGUAAAGUCGUCCAGGCUCGCGAUCGAAAAAGGAAUAAGCUGGUUGCAAUCAAGAUCAUUCGAGCCGUUCAAAAGUACCGAGACGCAUCUAGAAUCGAACUACGCGUUCUUCAGACCUUGAAAGCGAACGACGAGGAGAACCGAAAUCGAUGUAUACAUCUUCGGGACUGCUUCGACUUUCGUGGCCAUAUCUGCAUCGUCAUGGACCUCCUUGGCUCCAGCGUUUUCGACUUCCUCAAAAGUAACAACUUUGUUCCUUUCCCGAACAGCCAGAUUCAGAGCUUUGCUCGUCAAUUAUUCACGAGUGUGGCCUUUCUGCAUGAUCUCAAUCUCAUCCACACCGAUCUAAAACCAGAGAACAUUCUACUCUGCGACAGCGCAUACCAAACAUUUACCUAUAACCGACGAAUACCAUCGUCGUCAGCUGGUGUGAAUCGACAAGCCACACAACGUAAAGUCCUUUUAGACACCGAGAUCCGGUUAAUUGAUUUUGGAUCUGCGACUUUCCAGGACGAAUAUCAUUCUUCUGUCGUUUCCACACGACAUUACCGAGCACCGGAAAUCAUUCUUGGUCUGGGCUGGUCCUUCCCUUGCGACAUAUGGAGUAUUGGCUGUAUAUUGGUCGAAUUUUUCACCGGCGAUGCUCUCUUCCAGACACACGACAAUCUCGAACAUCUAGCUAUGAUGGAGAAUGUUUGCGAUUGUCGUAUAGACAACCAUCUCGUCCAGACUGUGAAUAAGAUGGCCACGCGAAGUACCGGAAAUGCUGCAUCCAAAUACUUCAAACGAUUAAAGUUGGACUACCCUACCGCAGAAACUACGCGAGCAUCUAGACGAUUUGUUAAGAACAUGAAACGUCUAAGUGACAUCAUACCAGCCUCCAGCCCCUUCCUUAGAUCUUUCUUGGAUCUUCUACAAAGGAUUUUCGUUUACGACCCCGCAAAACGAAUCACUGCUCGCCAAGCUCUGGAGCACGAGUGGUUCCGAGAGCCGGCCAUUCCCGACGAUGGUACUGAGGCUGCGAAGAUCCGGUUAGAAAGAAUGAGGGAACACGAGUUCCCCGCUACUCGGGGUGUGGCGGUGGCUUAAUGGAAUGACGAUGGUGGAAUUAAAUUCACCAAUUUAGUAAUGACGCGGCAUUGAUACCAAAACGAACCUGUAUAUUUGGAAUGGAUUAAGGCCUAGCAUCCCUCACGUUGCAAUUGUGGUUUGCAAUCCCAUUGGGCUUAGGCAAAGGAUGAAGGGGUCGGGCGUUCAGGCCAGCAUUUUUGUGCGAAUAGUUAUCAUGGCAUUGAGCAUACGUUACGUAAAAUGGUCUACAGCCCCUUACGCCAUGUAAACGGAGCGAAUCGCGGACGUUUUCUCAAUAUAAAGCCCAUUGUCGUGGGUGGCAGUUCCCAUGCUGGUGGAGAUAUGAUAUUAUCAUCUGGUCACCUAAUGUGAACUUUGGUUUGGGCAUCUGAAAGAACAAGAGACCAUCGUGACCGAUCUAC